GCCACUUCACUUCCCUACAAAACGAAUCCCAGAAAGUUCCUCUAAACAUCUGAAGCACCUUCUUCACGCUUCUUCUUCACCAUCAUCAUCAUCAUCAAGAUCUUGCUCAAACCCCAAACCCACUUCUUCUUCUUCUUCUUCUUCAGCUCUUCAUCAAUUCACUCACAAUCCAGUUUCAAGAACCCUAAUUAUCGUACGUGCAAGCUAAGCUCACACAUAAUAAUGGCCAGAUACGAUAAUCAGUCUGUGCUGGACUACUUCUCUUUCCCGAUUCAUUUCUGCUUCUUCUUCUUCAUCGUCUUGUUCGUGUUAGGGCUAACAUGGUACAUAAACUACGAGUCAGCGUUCGAGGACACGAUCAUAAAGGUGAAGAUCUGCCUCUUGUUUGUUCCACUGCUCUUGCUGCUGCUUGUUCACUGCCUCUCAUCAAGCUCACCAGCUUCUUCGCUUCUCAACCUGCUUCCGUCGGAGAGAGAGUCGCUGCACCGUGCCGGAGGAUCGCCUUGGGGGGUCGCACUCUUGCUUCUUGUGGUUCUCUUCUUGAUCCCUUAUCAGUCUUCCUUCCAUAAACGUUGGUUUCCCUUGGAUUCUAGAAAUCACUGAUUUUUCCUUUCUUUUUUUGGUCUGUUGGAAGGGUUUCUUCCAAUUUAAAGUUUGAUUCGGUUCAAAUCUGGAUUAGUUCAGAUACAUACAUACAUAUAGAUAGUUUGUUAUAUGCCUAAGAUGUACGCGUACAGUUCUGUUAUGAUAGACAAAAAUAGGUUUAUUUUAAUCCUUUGAGUUAGAGUUUGUAUCUGGCACUGUAAUAGAAAAGACAUUUUACAGUAGUUAAAAAUAAUUUCUUAUAUCA